CAGGCCUGACUGAAGUUCAACAUGGAGGCAGCGCUGGCGAGUUAUCGUCGCCGGCUAGUAAAGUUGAAACUGUUCUCGUGAAACCAGUAUCCCAAACCAAACUCAAAAACCCCGCUUAGCGAGAAAAACAAAUUCGUCCCAAGCUGACGUCGACGUCCAAUCAUGUCGCAGCACCGAGCGCUUUCGCUCGUACGCGGCGCUUUGGGCUACAACCUCCAAAAGUGGAGUACUUCGCCGCGCCUCAAAGCAUGCCACCGUCGAUACCACACGCUCGGUCCGCACUCCAGACGUCACCGUCUCAGGCUGUACGCCGCCACCACGAACCUCCAGAGCGCCCGAAACGUCGCGCUAGUGGCCAGAAUCCUUCGCGGAGUCCUCAAGGUCCGAUACAUCGUCCUGGGUUCGGCGGUCGCUGGAGGGGCGCACGUUUCCAAGAAGUACGAGGAGUUUAAGGACAACCUGCCGGACCUAGGAUGGAUCAAGGACGCGCUGCCCGAUCGGGACAGCAUGGAGAGGUUCCGCGCAUCCCUGGCCAACAUGAAGGACAAGCUAGGCAUUCCCGAGAAAGGACUGUUCAGGACCGGUGCUAACGCGGCCGCUAGCGGUCUCGCCAGCAUCGGAGAAUGGCUACAGGGCGUCAAGUUCGAGAGCUCGCCUAGCGUCGCGCGCAACGGCUUCGACGACUUCGCCACCGCCUUGGCCGUCGCGCCGAUCUUCUCGUCGCAGCAGCAGGAAGAAGAGCGCCGUCAGAAUGAGCGCGAGCGAAUGCAGAAGCUUCAGGACGAGCUUAUUCAGGUGCAGAUGAAGUACCAGAAGGAGAUCGAGCGCCUGGAAAAGGAAAACCGGGAGCUGCGACGCCAGGUGAUGCUCAAGUCGGAGCAGGGAGUGAGUCGACGCAAGAUAAAGAAGUCCCUCAUCGACCUCUACUCGGAAGUCCUAGACGAGCUCAGCGACUACGACUCCAGCUACAACGUUCAAGACCACCUUCCUCGGGUGGUGGUCGUCGGUGACCAGAGUGCCGGCAAAACGAGUGUUCUCGAGAUGGUGGCGCAGGCACGAAUAUUUCCGCGCGGUGCCGGCGAGAUGAUGACUAGGGCACCAGUAAAGGUGACGCUCAGUGAAGGCCCGUACCACAUUGCCAAGUUCAAGGACAGUUCGCGGGAAUUUGACCUGACCAAGGAGACCGAGCUGUCCGACCUCCGGAGGGAGGUCGAAGUGAGGAUGAAGAACAGCGUCCGCGGUGGCAAGACCAUCAGCACUGAUGUCAUCUCCAUGACUGUCAAGGGUCCCGGGUUGCAGAGAAUGGUCCUGGUAGACCUUCCGGGUAUCAUCAGCACGGCAACAACUGAGAUGGCGGAAGGAACCAAGGAUGCCAUCCGAGAGAUGACAAACCUCUACAUGAGCAACCCCAACGCUAUUAUCCUGUGCAUCCAGGACGGCUCUGUAGAUGCUGAAAGAAGCAUAGUAACCGACCUUGUCAGCCAAGUGGAUCCCAACGGCCGAAGAACUAUCUUCGUCCUCACCAAGGUAGACCUCGCCGAGCAGAACAUGACCAACCCAACCCGAAUUCGCAAGAUCCUCGAUGGGAAACUAUUUCCCAUGAAGGCACUCGGAUACUUCGCCGUCGUAACGGGUAAGGGCAGUGCGGAAGACAGCAUCACAGCAAUCAAGGCUUACGAGGAGGCCUUUUUCCGCAACUCCAAGCUGUGUCGAGAUGGUAUUCUGAACAUGUCGCAGUGCACGACACAGAGCUUGAGCUUCGCCGUCUCCGACUGCUUCUGGAAAAUGGUUCGGGAGUCGGUUGAGCAGCAGGCUGAUGCCUUCAAGGCGCAGCGCUUCAACCUGGAGACCGAGUGGAAGAACAGCUUCCCUAGGAUGCGCGAGCUAGACCGCGAUGAGCUGUUUGAGCGAUCUCGCGGCGAGCUGCUCGACGAAGUGGUCAACCUGAGCCAGCUGAGUCCCAAGCACUGGGAGGAAGUGCUGUCGCGAAACCUGUGGGACUGCAUGUGCGGCUAUGUGGUCGACAGCAUCUUCCUGCCCGCAGCGCAGACCGGCAAUGCCGGCAACUUCAACACCGCCGUCGACAUCCGGCUCAAGCUCUGGGCCGAGCAGCUCCUGCCGUCGCAGUCUGUCGAUGUGGGCUGGGAGACGCUGCGGGAUGAGUUCAAUGCGCUCCUGCAGAAGCGAAAGACGGCGAAGGACCACGACCCACUCUUCGAUCGUCUCAAGGAGGCCGUCGUCAAGGAGGUCCUCGACCGGCACGUCUGGGAGGACAAGGCGGUCGACAUGCUGCGCAUGAUUCAGCUCAACGCGCUGGAGGACCGCGUGGUGCACGACAAGCACCAGUGGGACCAGGCGGUCCGGUUCCUGGAGACGACGCUCCAACAGCGCCUGCAGACGGCCGAGGCCCGGGUUCGUGACAUGGUCGGUCCAGGGGUCAAGGAGCAGUGGCUGUACUGGGCCUCGCCCACGGAAGAGCAGAGGCAGAGGGCGGUGGUCAAGGCCGAGCUGGAACGGCUGCUGAACCACGAGUUCCUCCAGAAGCACGGGCCCGCGCUUACGCAGGAGGAACUGACGACCGUCCGCAAGAACGUCCAGGCGCAUGAUGUUGACGUCGACUACAAAUUCAUCCGGGACACGUGGGAGCCCCUGUACCGGCUACACUUCCUGCGCCGAUCUCUGGCCAAGGCUAACGAGUGCCGGAAGGGGUACUACCUCUACCACCAGGGCCUGGACUCGGACCUCGAGUGCCAUGAUGUGGUCCUGUUCUGGCGGGUGCAGCGCAUGAUGCACACUACGGCGAACGUGCUGCGGCAGCAGGUGAUGAACCGCGAGGCCCGUCGGCUGGAGAAGGGCGUCAAGGAAGUGCUGGACGACUUCUCGCAGGACCGCGAGAAGAAAGUGGAGCUCCUCACGGGACGCCGGGUUGAGCUCGCCGAGGAGCUGAAGAAAGUGCGGCACAUACAGGAGAAACUGGAAGAGUUUGUCAGUGCGCUAAAUGCUGAGAAAUGAGUGCGAAGGUGAUUUACCUUAAGAAGGGGACUGUUUCGGGUUUUCUGUUUUACAUUACCGCUGGGCCUUUGGGGUUACUGAAAAGCGGUUGCCAGUUGUUUUCGAAACUUUGGUCAGGUACGAGGCGCAAUUUUGUGCUUCAAUACGCACGCGUAGCUGCGCUAGUCAGUGAUAAUAUGCGAGCCGAGAGUCUUAAAUCUCCUACGCAACUAUGGCUAACCUUCAGCCCUCCUCUCUUGAAUGGGCUGCUUCGUAGCAGACACUUUCAAUAGCAACUGCGAUAUUACGUCACACUCAUUUAAUUUAUACUAUUCUGUAAAGUUAGUAUAUUGCUUGAAAAGAUUUGAUUGUAUUGAAUGACUAGAGGCGUCCUUAAUUUACCUUCACGAAGUAAACUUCGUGUCUACUGCACGUCAACACCCUGUGGCUCUGCGCAAGCACCAGUGAACAUUUGAUACCGUUGGAAUAAAGCAUGAACUGCUGCACAAACAAAAAAAUAACGCUCCAUGUGCCUCAAGAUGUAGCUCUGGCUUGUAGCAGAAUGGCGAAUAUGAUGUGUAGAUAAUAUAGUAUGAAUUUUGUACAUACUACUAGGAGAAUGAAUGUUACCGCGUUGCGGCUGCCAGCCUGUUGUACUUAUUUCAGUGCUUGUGUAUUUCGACCAUAUGCAAAGAAUAAAAUUCAAAAUGGAAUCGCAUUACUGUUUCGUUAUCGGAAAGAGUUAUCUAUAGAAGCAUCUACCAUGUUCCAAGAUCGUUCUUGCAGUUGCACGGAAAUUCCGGCAAUCAUCUGUCAUUGGUGAUUUCACCUGCCCUGUUACAGUCAGCAGCAUGUAAUACAUGUCGUAUAUGAACAAUUAAUUAUAUCAGAGAGAUAGUAAACAUGUUUGAUGUGACAUCUUUAUACAGGUAAACCUCAGUUUAAAGACAUUCAUGAAACCUGAGGUUUAUUUAAUUGAAUCAAGAACGUCCUUAAAUUGAAAACGCUUUGAAUACUCGUGUGGUUAACUUAACGGUUGAACCCUAAUGAACACAGAUAUAAUUAACUAUUAAUUGCAAAGCAUGUUUUCUCAACAAUAGCAUGUAACAAAUGAGUACUAUAAUAGUGUUUUUUUUGCUGUUGGGUGCAACUUUAUCAUAACAAGAUGUGACCAUAUCUAGAAGUAGAAAUAACAUUGUACGAGGUGCUAGCAGCUGUUAUUUGUCAUUGUCUGAAAUAAACUUGUUCUCCUCGGC